AGACCGGACCAUCGACACGCCUCGGUCUCAUUAUCUCAAUAGUUAAAGUUUAAGGAAGUGUCAAAUCAUAUUUCGAACAAAAAGCGUCAGUUAUGGAUAAGCUUCGACGGGUUUUAAAUGGCCGAGAGGAUAAUGAGGAACUUGGGCUGACGGCACAGGUCCUGGAUGCCUCCACGCUCAGUUACAGCACAAGGAUCAAAUGGUUCGUCAUAUGCUUCGCCUCCGGGAUCCUGUGCUCCAUACUGGGCACUGCACUACUUUUCCUGCCCAAAGGAAUGCAGCUGUUUGCCGUAUUUUACACCUUAGGAAACCUUGCAGCUCUAGCUAGUACCUGUUUCCUCAUGGGCCCAAUGAAACAGCUGAAGCGCAUGUUUGAGCCGACUAGACUCAUAGCCACCUGCGUCAUGCUGCUGUGCCUUGUCCUGACCUUAUGUGCAGUCUUUUGGUGGCAUAAAAAGGGGCUGGCUAUCAUCUUCUGCAUCUUACAGUUCUUAGCUAUGACGUGGUACAGCAUCUCAUACAUUCCAUUUGCUCGGGAUGCAGUCAUAAAGUGCUUCACUUCCUGUUUGAGCUAAAGCUGCUUUCCUCAGCAAGCCAUGUAAUGUCCACCCAAAAUCUUCAAAAUAUACAUAGUAAAUAUGUAAAAUAUUAUAUUGCAAAGAUUUUUUGAUUUAAUUUUUGCUAAUAUAAGCCAGCAUAUUGUUAUACUUUGAAAUAUUUCUUGCAUCCUCCAGAUUCCAUAUUUAGCAUUAAAAUGAAACAUUCAUCAGAAGAUGCUUUUUUAUGUUUGCAGCAUUUUUAUGUGUAUUCUGGGUAAAUGAACAGUAUGUGCCCAAUAUGAUCAAAUAUUUAAGUACAUGUGGUGUGAGACUGCUGUUAAAAAAAACUGUGCCAAAACUGUGCAUUAUUUCUUAUGUCUUAAUUUGUACAUUAAAUGCAAUUUGUAUAUUUUACACAAAAUAUUUUGUAUGCAUUUACACAGUAAACUGUCUAACACUGCUCUUCUUGUAAUAAAUGCAAUUAUCCUCUGUC